AUGUUCCAAGAUCCUUCAAUCAAGCUUUUUGGAAGUGAUAUUCAAAUUCAUAUUCCCAUUACUACUCAUUCCCACUCUUUCUCCUCUCAGAUUCACUCCCCUCCACAACUACCCAUCUACAUCAUGAAUGGACUUGAAUCGACUAAUGCUGAUGUUAGUGUUUCUUUGAAUGAAGUUUCCAGCAAUUCAGCUUAUCCACAAGAAGAUGCUAAUGCUAUGCCAAACAUGUACGAAUCCGGCACUUCGAAACCAGGGACCGAAUCAGUUCAUAGUACUUAUGAACAGAAGACUGCCAGAAGAGAUAUUGACAAUCAAGGAAAAACUUUCAAGAAGCCAGACAAGGUUCUUCCAUGUCCUCGAUGCAAUAGUUUGGAGACAAAGUUUUGCUAUUUCAACAAUUACAACGUUAACCAACCGAGGCAUUUCUGCAAAAACUGUCAUAGGUAUUGGACAGCUGGGGGAGCAAUUCGGAACGUUCCUAUUGGAGCCGAUUCCAACUCUGCUAGUCCCAGGGAGGAAAUUCCUCUUAGUGAGUCACUAGAAACUGUGUUAAAUCUCAAGGGCCGUAGAAAAAUUGAAACGGAUUCUUCUACUGUCAAAGAUGAUAUUGAAGACCCUUCUAGCUUUUCAGCCGAAAAGGAGUAUUCCGAAAAUGGAAUAGAGCAUGUUGGUUUGGCACCACAAUACAAUGGCUUAAUUCCGUUGCAUUCACUUCAUUAUUAUUCUGCUCCUCCAUGGACUUAUCCGUGUUGGAAUCCUACGGCAUUUAAGCCUGAUAACAUAACCUCCCCUCCUGCAACCAUGAUGGCGGUAGAAAUACCAAUGACACCAUCAUCAUAUUGGGGUUGUAUGCCAAAUUGGGUUGGCCAAAUGGAAGAAUUUAACGGCAUUCAAUCACCUUCAUCUUCGGUUAGCAGUGGCACAUGUUCCGGUAAUAGGUCACCAACUUUAGGAAAACAUUGUAGAGAUGGAAGUACACAAGCAGAAGAUACAAUGAAACACAAUAUUUGGGUCCCUAAAACUAUCAGAAUCAAUAAUCCAGAAGAAGCUGCAAAGAGUUCUAUAUGGUCAACUUUGAGAACAAAAUCUCAACAGAACAAACCAAUUAUGAAAGGAGGUGUUUUCAAAUCAUUUGAAGCUAAAUCAAAUGCAAGUUCUCGAGAUUCAGACGAUAAUCAAAUUCUAAGAGCUAACUCUGCUUCUUUCUCUCGGUCCGGAACUUUUCAAGAAAGCAUUUAA